AAAAAACUGCCGGUACGCCACAACAGAUAGUUUGAGAAGCACUGCUCUAAGAGAUCAUAAGUCAGGAAGAAGAUGCACUCGCAUAGCUGUUAGUAGAGUGGGUAUAUUGGCUGAAUCUUAUAGUGUUAAUUGGAUAUUAUUUGAUCCUUUGACCCGCACGAUUUUCACUAAGAAAACAAAAACAAAACUCGGAUUUUUUGCGUGUAAUCAAGUAUCCUGACCUGCUAAUAUACUGCAAACCAAGUUUUUUUAUUUUCUUAUUGAAAAUCGUGCAGGUGAAAGGAUCAAAAUUUACCGUUAACUGUCCAUUACGGCUAAUUCUUACCAAUCGGUUUCGUGUGAAAUAAUAUAAUGGAGUGUUAUACAAUAUACGCUCGUCAUAUAUAUACAGAGACACAAACACAAUCGGUGGUAGUAUUGUGAAAAUUGAAGGGAAGUAACAAGUGUUAGCUACUGUAAAUAUUAGGUAUAAAAGAUAGGCAGACGCAUUAAACGUACUGUGGUAUUUAUUUGAUUUAGCAGCAAAUAUGUCUUUUACUUGAAUUUCUCGUAACUAUCAUUCAUUUAAUACACAUAAUGCUCGCAUUUAUAACGACACUAUCCUUUAUGAAACAUUUCCGAUAUCAGAUGACAUUGGCAUAACAGAAGAUACAUUCUCAGUAUUUAUCUUUCAAAAAACUAAAGGAAAAUUUUAUACAGAGCAGAUGUAUAACGCUGUUUCUCUAAGUCUGUGAUAAAAUUUAUAUGAAAUAUUUGUUCUGAUCUGAGAUUAUUAGCAAAAUUUCUACACAACACUACACAGUAAAAAGAAUAUGAGCUUGUGUGCUGAUUAAACUUUGAUAAAAUAUUCAAACAAGUUGUAAGACUAAGUUAAUACUGGACAGAAAUACAGCAGUAGAAUUAUUUGUAAGGAAUAAAAUAUAAGAAGAAAAGGAAGAAAAAUAUAUACAUUGUGAUUUGAGAGAGAAAAAAACAAUGGAGAAGCGUGAUAAACUUAUACAAUUUAUUUCCCAGGAAGACAUGGUGAAAGAAAUAGGAAAGUUGUCAUAUGACUGUGAUGUUUGUAAAAAGUCCUUCUCUCAAAAAAGUAACCUAACCAUGCACAAACGUAUUCAUACAGGAGAGAAGCCUUAUCAUUGCAAUAUCUGUGGUAAAUCAUUCUCUCGAAAUAGUUACUUAACUGCACACAAAUAUACUCAUACAGGGGAAAAGCCAUAUUACUGUGAUAUCUGUGGUAAAUCAUUUUCUGAAAGUUGUAAAUUAACUUCACACAAACGUAUUCAUACUGGGGAGACACCAUAUCACUGUGAUAUCUGUGGUAAAUCAUUCUCUCACAGUAAUCAUUUAACUAGACACAAACGUACUCAUACAGGAGAGAAGCCAUAUCACUGUGAUAUCUGUGGUACGUCAUUUUCUCAGAGUAAUCACUUGACUGUGCACAAGCGUACUCAUACAGGAGACAAGCCACAUCAUUGUGAUAUCUGUGGUAAAUCAUUCUCUCAGAGUAGUCAUUUAACUUCACAUGAACGCUUUCAUACAGGGGAGAAGCCAUAUCAUUGUGGUAUAUGUGGUAAAUCAUUCUCUCACAGUGUUAACUUAACUGUGCACAAACGUACUCAUACAGGAGAGAAACCAUAUCAUUGUGAUAUCUGUGGUAAAUCAUUCUCUCACAGUAGUCACCUAACUAAACACAUACGUAUUCAUACAGGAGAGAAACCAUAUCACUGUGAUAUCUGUGGUAAAUCAUUCUCUCAGAGUGGUCACUUAACUAAAUGCAAAUAUAUCCAUGCAGGAGACAAGCCACAUCGCUGUGAUAUCUGUGGUAAAUCAUUCUCAUGCAGUACUGUCUUGAUUAGACACGAAUUCAUUCAUACUGACAAGACACCAUGUCAGUGUGAUACCUGUGGUAAAUCAUUCUUCCCAACUAGUGGCUUAAAUGUGCACAGAUGUAUUCAUACAGGAGAGAAACCAUAUCCCUAUGAUAUCUAUGGUAACUCAUUCUCUUGCACUAGUCACUAAAUUAUGAACAAAUGUAUUCAUAUAGGAGAGAUGUCACAUUAUUGUGAUAUCUAAGUUAACUCAUUCCCUUGCAGUAGUCACUUAAGUAAACACAAAUAUAUUCAUAUAGGAGUGAUAGGAAAAGUAGUUUGUAUGACUUUUUUUAUUUUACUUUUUCCUUUUAAUAUUCCUGUGUUUUAUGUAAUGGAAAUUGACUGAAAAUAAUGGAAAUUGACUGAAAAUAAUGUAUUCCCCAAAAUUCCUUUUUUUUCUUCUUUUUCUCUUGUUCAGCUAGCUCUCCCAUGUCUAUGCCCAUUUCAUUUCUUAUGAUGUAGGGACCUCUAUACUGAAACUCCUCAUCCAGGCAACCCUAAACAUGAUUGUUUGUUGAAUAUCACUUCCCUAAUUUAUUUUAUAUUUGUUUAUUAACUUUUAAAUGCUUCACUCAUUAAAUAUUUUAACAAUAACAUAAGUUGUGGCUUUUCCAUACACAGGAAUACAGUAAAGUUGUCGAAUAUGUACACAACCAAUGACCUCCAGUACAAAACAGAAAGGACCACAAAGGAAUAGCAUGGGGCAUAAUUGUCAUUUAGUGUUCCACACCAGACUUAUUCUUUAUAAUUUUCUGGAGAAUUGUGUUGCAAUUUAUGAAGUGCUAACAUAUAAACAAAAGGUUGCAAUGUAAGAAAGCAUAGUAAACAGUACAAAAUAAUGUGAAAACGAAAGAAACAUGGAAUCACAAACUUGGUGGGAGGAGUGUCCUGUGCAAGAAAUCUAGUGCUGGAAAGCAAGAAAAGAAUAAGUGUAUGCAAGGAAAAAGUUCUAGAGUCUUCAGAUGCUGAAAUACAUAACACUCUGUAGAAUGCAGGAUAAAACAUCAUCCUUCAACAUCUGUUUCCCAUGCUGGUAUGGGU